AUGGCGCGGCGACAGCAACGCGCACCAGCACGGAAAGCAGACACCAAACGCCCCUCUCACGACGGUGAAGCCAUGGCUGCACCAGGACAGAAACGCCGCCGCGUGACCAGCGCAACGUCCAUGGCCGACGACGUCGAAAUGUCCUUGGACAACACUGACGGCAGCGGCGACGGCGACAUGGAUGUGGACAACAGCAGCAAAGAAACGUCCUUGGAUCACACUGACAGCAAUGGCGCCGACUGGGAAGCCCGUGUCUGGGCUGGCGCGCAACUUCAAGCCCUGGAGACGGCCAUCGAAGCCGCGCCCUCCAACGCAGCCAUCGUACACUUUGGCGAGUUCCUGCGCAUGCGGCUGGUGGGUGCCGAGACGGAAGCGGAUGGUGAUGUUGAUGGCGACGGCGACGGCGAUGGCGAUGGCGAUAGCGACGACGACAUGGACAUGGAGAACAGCAGCAGCAGGGACUCGCGCGUGCUCGCGCGUCGUCUCGCCAUCAUCCAUCGCGGCAUGCGCCCCAGCCACGCACUCCCAUCUGCAUCGCCGCCAGCGCCAGCGCCGCCAACGCGAACACGGACCAAAUCACACAGCACGCCCAACUCGACGCAGCGCUUUUUCGCCCGCCUCAGCACCCCGCUCACCCCGGCCCAGCUCCUGCAACUCCAGCAGCUGACCACGACCCUCAGGCAGGACGUAAGCACAGGCUCGUGUUUCGACCUGGACUUCCACGUGCCUAACCACAAUUGCACCGACGACUCAGAACCGCUGCAGUUCCUGCUGCUGGACACGCUGCAGUUGGACUCGACGUCACUGCGGGCCCGCGUCGUGCAGGUGUUGCUGGGCUUGUUUUGGUUCGAGCUCGGCCAGACCUUCAAGCCUGGGACGGGGGCCAGUCUGGCGCACUGGGAUGAGGGGACUUGGGCGAAGUUCUAUCGCGUCGUUGUCCCCGCGCAUCGGCGGGCUGAUGUCACUACUCCUGCUGGCGUUGAUGUCACUGAUGUUGGUGUCACUGCUUCUACUAGCGUUGAUGUCAGUGAUGUUGAAGAGGAAGCCAAGGAUGGAUUGGUCGUCCCCCUGACCCUCGUCAAAGACACCAUCCAGCGGUACCGCAUCUUCGGACACCGUCUGCACCAGCUCCGCACCAACCUUUCGCCUGGCUGCAUCUUGCUACUGAUCCACGGCCUGGAUAUCGAUGCCGUGAAUGUGUGCUACUCGUGGUCCACCCAGCAUGCUGCCGAGUUUUAUGAACGCGUGAAAAGUGCGCAGGAGCUGUGGGGAUCGGGGCGCGACUUGGAUGGCCUGGUGGCCAGCCUGGGCGAGCUGUUUGCCGACAAGUAUGGGUUGAUCGCGGCGUGGGAGGGUGUGGCUGGGAAGAAGGCGGGGAAGAAGGCGGUGAAGAAGGCGGGAAAGAAGGGAGGGAAGAAGAAGAUGGAGGGGGGGUUGGUCGAGGGGGAGUUGGUCGAGGGGAGGGGUUCAGGCAUGCUGAGGGCGCUCGCAGAGACGGAGGAGAGUGGUGAGUAG